ACAGAUUUCCAGUCACGUGAAGAUCCAGAACUUAUCUCCAUCCCUGCAGCAGUGAAGGGAUGUUCCCCAAUACUUCCUUCAUCAUCUCACCCAAUUGACGAACAGACUGAACCUCAUCAGGCGGCGUGCCUUGGAGAUUCACGGGCUUUGCAUGCGGAAACGGUUUCUUUUCUGGGCGUCAUGAUACGAUGUGACAGUGAGGAACCGUGAAAACCAGCAGUGACUACAAUCCAUUCCCGGACCGAAAGCCAUUAGUACAAGAGCUCAGCAUGGAGGUGGAGGCAAAAGUCAUCCGAGAGGGUUACCUUGUCAAAAAGGGGACAAUGUUUAAUUCCUGGAAAGCAGUUUGGGUUGUUCUUUUAGAAGAUGGAAUUGAAGUUUACAGUAGAAAAGCUGAUGGAAGUCCGAAGGGUGUCCUUCCUUUGAAGGGGGGUUCAAUCGUAUCCCCAUGUCUGGACUACAGCAAAAGAACGUUUGUUUUCAAGUUUCGUACAGCAAAGAAUCAGGACCAUUACCUGCAAGCUUCACACCUUGAAGAACGCGAUGCCUGGGUGAAAGACAUGAAGAGGGCCAUUCACUUUAUUGAAGGUGGUCAGAAAUUUGCACGAAAAUCAACAAGAAAAUCUAUCAGGUUGCCAGCAGAUAUAAAUUUGGGUGCUUUAUACCUCUCUAUGAAGGACCCUGAAACAGGAGUGAAAGAACUAAAAUUACAAAAGGAGAAGAAAAUCUUCAAUCACUGUUUUGCAGGUGCCUCUGUGAUUGACUGGUUGCUGUCAUCUAACUUUGUAAGGAACCGUCGGGAGGGCAUCCUGCUGGCAGCUGCUCUUGUCUGUGAUGGGUACAUACAGCCAGCUGAGGAUAGGGCCAAGGAAGCAGCUGAACAGAUAGCAGAAAACUGCUUCCUGGAUGACAGUGAUGCUUAUUAUUAUUUUGCUGACAGUGGGUUUUUCAGUGAAGGAAAUUCAAGUGACGAUGAAGAUGUUUUAAAGGAGGAAUUUCGAGGAGUUAUUAUAAAGCAAGGAUGUCUGCUGAAACAGGGCCACAGGAGAAAAAACUGGAAAGUCCGAAAGUUUGUGCUUCGGGAUGAUCCUGCCUAUCUGCACUAUUAUGACCCAGCUGCGGGUGAUCAGGAUGAGCCCCUUGGUUCCGUCCAUCUCCGCAGCUGUGUGGUGACUGCUGCAGAUGACCAUCCAGAUGGGAAGAAAUCUGACGUUAGAGGAAACCUGUUUGAAAUCAUCACGGCAGAUGAAGUGCAUUACCUGAUGCAGGCUGCCACAAGGGAAGAACUCACAGAAUGGAUUAAAGUCAUUAAAAAAGUAGCCACCAGUGGAAAAUAAGGGCAGAGUUAAAACGAUACUAUUUUGCUAAUAUUCCAGGGUAAUUCAAAUGUGCAGCAUUAACCUUCACUUUCAAGUAUUCAACACUUUAUUUGUGGGAUCAGCAACAUAAAUGAUGACUGAACGCUGUGCUAUGAAUAAAACUGUGCCUUGUGAAUAUUUUUAACCACUUUGAGAUGUUGGCCAGCUAUAUUUCAUUUCCCUUUUAUUGUUGCAUGCCUCAUACAUUUUUAAUCUUGUAUAUUUUCAAUAGCAUAUUUAUAGCUAAUAUCACCUGCUGUCGAUGUGUCAGACAUACACUUUUGCAAUGAUUUAGUUAAGAAGUAACAUGAUUGAUAUUAAUCACUCAUCAUGCUUUGCUUACGAUGUCUGCAAACAUGCUUUGUAAAAUCCGGCACAAAACUAACAUCAGAUGGAUUGUAAAUUUGUGGUCUUUGGGUAAGGUUACAACAAACGAUUAUACUGACAAAGCUUUUCACCAGUUUAUUAGGCUAAUUGUGAUUUUCCCCUCUUGCUCACAAUCACGUGUUUUAUUUUACCAUAGCUUCCUGUAUUCUUGCAUUUAUGUAGAGCCUCAGAGGGACAGAUCAUUAAACAGAACUGGACAUUCAAACCACAGAAGAAGUUGUUAGGACGUGUGUUGCUUUGGCUACGUGCCCCAACUCUUUGAAUUGUGGGUGUUACAAAAUUUGAUGCUCUCUAAUGCACACCCCAAUAAAGUGUUUCUUCCUUGCA